CGCCAUUAGAGGGAGGAGGAGAGGGAGUGCUCGUCGCCUCUCCUGCGGUGCCUGACGUGGAGGCUCGGGCCCUUCAUUCUCUGACUGCGCGUCGGCUGUGCCAGGCCUCGCGGAGAGGAGAGUGGAGGGUGCGUCGCGGCUCGGCGGCUGAGCGGGCCGCGGCUGAGCGGGCGCUGUCGCGUCCGCGGGGAGCCCGGCGCGGCUGGCAGGGCUCCGGCGGCGGGGAAGCGGCGGGAUGGCUGCGGCCGGCGGCGGGGCGGCGGCGGCGGGCCGAGCCUACUCCUUCAAGGUGGUGCUGCUGGGGGAAGGCUGCGUGGGGAAGACGUCGCUGGUGCUGCGCUACUGCGAGAACAAGUUCAACGACAAGCACAUCACCACUCUGCAGGCAUCUUUUUUAACGAAGAAGUUAAAUAUUGGUGGGAAAAGAGUAAACCUUGCCAUAUGGGAUACAGCAGGUCAAGAGAGAUUCCAUGCAUUGGGCCCAAUUUACUACAGAGAUUCAAAUGGAGCUAUUUUAGUUUAUGAUAUAACAGAUGAAGAUUCUUUUCAGAAGGUAAAAAACUGGGUCAAAGAAUUACGGAAAAUGUUGGGAAAUGAAAUCUGUUUAUGUAUAGUUGGUAAUAAAAUAGACUUGGAAAAGGAGAGACACGUCUCCAUUCAAGAAGCAGAAUCGUAUGCAGAAUCUGUGGGAGCAAAACAUUAUCACACUUCAGCCAAACAGAACAAAGGAAUUGAGGAGCUCUUCCUUGACCUUUGUAAAAGGAUGAUAGAAACAGCGCAGGUGGAUGAGAGGGCCAAAGGCAAUGGUUCCAGCCAGCCUGGGGCUGCCCGACGAGGUGUGCAGAUUAUUGACGAUGAGCCGCAAGCCCAGAGCAGUGGAGGAGGGUGCUGUUCUUCUGGAUAACCGCUCCUGCCCAAGAAAGUGAAAACAAACUAGAACUGUGGAUCAUUGCCCUCAACAUGAAGACUGCCAUAUUCCAAGUCACAUUAUUUUACCAAUGGAGUUAUAGAAUUAACAGUAUUUUAAAUUACGUUUGUAACACUGCAGAGACCUUAAGUGCUAAACUUAGUGGAGUUCGUGACCAGAGAAUUGGCAUUUUCUACAAAUGUUAACAAAGCAAUUACCAAUGGCCUUUUUAUCUACUUUUUCUUUAAUGAAGAAUAAUAAUAUGCAUGUAGAAAAGACCUACUUAAAGGCUUCAUUUAUAUUCUUUUAAAUCAGAUCUUUAUUUAAUAACUUAUAUAUGUUGUUGGAAUGGUAUACAUUUUUUCAGCUCUUUGUAUUUUGUGGUAGUUUGAAUUGUAUCACUUCUAAACAGCCAGUUGUUUUUGUUUUUGUUUUUUUAAUUAGCAGAUUCCUGAAGUACUAUUUUUGCAGGGUUUGCACAGACCCCUAACUGUCUACUACUUUGAUAUAAUCUCUACACAUCCUGUAUGCUCAGCUCAUUAUAUACAUUGUAAAGUACAUAUUAAAUAUUUUAUCUGCUUUUUCAAGCGCAAGGUGCAAAAAUAUAUACAAUAUUCUUGUUGAUGACCGUAAAGUGAAUUAACAUUUGGUGAUAAUGCCUUUUUUUUUGACUCUGAUAUGAAAAUCCUUGGUCCCCUUCACGUUGGUCUUAACUUGAAAGUGGCGUGUUAAAUUUUCACACAUACUUUACUUGAAUUAUUGCUGUUGUCACACUUUUUUUUAUUGCCUCUGAAGUCCAUCUGAUGGUUGAGCAGCAGCAUCCGCCUUCUGGUCUGGGGUGGGCUUUUUUGUUUCUUUGGUCACUUUAGAUGAAAGAGAUCACUUCUGGUAAUUUUGCCUUUGGAAUGGCUCCCUUAGACAAUUACGAGUGGAGCAUGCCGAGUUUUACUUUAACGACAUCUGCAGUUUUCUCUUAGGUUUUGUGUGUGAUGGAUUCACUAAUAACGAGAAGAGCGGAAGAGGUCUCCGGCAGUAGCCACUUACAAACCUCCUCCAUUCAGCAUGUUAGCGGUAGUUUAUGCUUGUAAGGCAGACCUUUCAGAUCCUUUGGGAGUAAGUUGUAUUUGUUCAUUGGAAAAGUUCUGCUUCAUUUUUAUAAGGAAUGUCCUUCCCAGCUUCUGUGGAAGAAAACGUUUCAUUGGAUGAAGUUAUAGUGAACACUGGAACUAUGUAUUAUAAAAUUAUAUAUUCUUGUAUACUUUGUAAGUUAGUCCCUCUUUUGAUUUUUUUUUUCCCCUAAGCAUAGGAAUGAAAUUAAAUGUGUUAAGUUUAAUAGAAUCAGGCGCUGCUCACAAAGGAAACAGAUUGUGGAAAUUAACAUAAAUUGUUCUUGUUCUAAUAUAUAUAUAUUUUUCCAUUUCUGUCAUGCUUCGAAACUAGUAAAUGUUAUGUCUGAGAUAAAAUGGUAUGGUCCCUGGAUUUACUUCUUACCAGAAGCAGCAGUAUGCAAUAAAGCUGUCAAUGUGAGCAACUAAGAAAAUAUGAAGAGGUUAUGGUUACUGAAGCAGUACUACCAUAUUUUUACAUUGAUAGCUUAAGCCUUGUGAGUGAAAAUUUGGAAUGAAUUGACACCUUGCUAUUGUGAGAGGAUUUUGGCUUAGUACUAAGUGUUUUGUGAGCUCUUUGCUAUUGUCCUUGCCAGACUCAGCACACUGACCUCUCAGAUAUAAUUGUGGACACAGUGGGAGGGGUCAGAAAAAUAACUGAAAUUGUCUUCUUUUAUGAAAUGAUUGCUCUCUGGGGUCUGUUAGUAUCCUGUGAAAUUAGUAUGUAUGCAAGGGUCGGGGUGAGGUAAGAUUCAUGAGUAUUACAAGUGUACUGCUAUUUGUAUUCCUGACUAUUCUAGAGGGAGUAAAGAGAGUUUUUUCAUUCUUAUUGUUGUAUAUGUAAAUAGGAAAUAAGCUCUGCUCAUUUGAAAGAAUUUUUUAAAACUAUUCAGAGAUGAAAUUGAGUUUUAUUUAAAAAUAAGUUAGAAAACCUGAGGAUUGAGAGAUUUGGACAUUGAUUUGUGACCCUGUCUUCAUGUGUUACUGGUACAAAUUCUAGAUAGGGACCUCUGUCUGCUCCGGAGUUGACUGGUCAUUAUUGGUGGGGGUCAACUGUUCUCUAUUUUGCACUUUUCACUGUCUUCAUCUCUGUGUAUCUUCCUUUAGCUCCAGUAUCUCUUUUUGUGUCCCUUGACUUGUAAUUCAGGCUAACUUAAUAUCAAGAAUAGUUGUUUUAUAGCCCCCAAAGGUCUUCAGGGAGGAACUGAGCGAGAAGGGUGAUGAAGAAGGCUCAGUCACUAGCAAUAUGCACAUUACGAAGACAGAGACAACAAAACAAGGUUAGGAAACUUGGUGAGAUUGUCUUCAUUUUUAAUAUAUUUUGUCUUCCUCUCUUGAUAAUUAUGCUAUUUAGGAAGAGGACACAAGAUACCGUGAUGUGUGUUAAAAUUAGUAGGUGGUAGAACCAGUAGUUUUUCAAGUACUAAGUAUAUUCACUUAACAUACAUGACUAAAAAUUGGUUUAACAUAAUCAUUAAAAAUGCCUGAAUACUUUACUGUAUACUAUAAGUAUACAAUUACUGUUUCUAGUGAAGGUGGGUAUUCUGCAUGCUUUUUUUGUGUGUGGUUACAGGGAAAGAUCAUUGUCUUUAUUACAUAUAUUGCAGUGAUUUGGGGUGAAUAGUAAUCUGAAAAGAACAAAGCAUAAUACUUUGUGAAAUAGGAGUAUUCUAAUUUGUUCUGUUUGGAUUGUCUCCUGAUCAUGCCCUAAAGUUAGGGCUGUUGGCUGCAUUGAAAUAUUUUUAGAAUGAUAGCUAUAUACUAGUAGUGUAGUAUUUUUUAUUUGGCAUUACAUUAAGGAAGAGGAAUACUUCAUUUUUUUGAUAUUUAGUAAUAUAAAAUUGAGACAUAUGGGGGAUAAUGUAGAAUGGAAAUCAAGUAGAUCUAAAACUCUUAAUAUGUUUUGAAAAUCAUUUUGAAAAACACUUUUCAAGAUUUCUAAGGCAAGGUACACCUUAUGCCAAAUAUUUAGAACAUUAAAAAAAAUAAAUUGUCAUUCUGUUUAUUUCUUUACAUAACUGCUAAUUUUCUUUGUUACAAGUACUGUCAAGAAUCUGGGUAAUUGAUCUUAAUCUCCGGUUAAUGUGAUUACCACUUAUGCUGUCCCUAGAAGGUACUGGAUUGGUGCCCGACUUUAACUUUGGGAAUUCAUCUUUUGACCUCUGCAGUUGUACACCUUCCACAGUUUCUUUGUAGAUAUGGUAUGACAUAGUUGGUAAUUAUUUAACAUGUUGAGAUCC